CCAAAUAAUACAUUAAACGCGCAUGCCGUAAGAUACCGAAUGACCUUCCUGUCGCCACAAAAUCAUUUGAAAGUCGGGUUAGAUAAUUGUUCUUCUGGGUGGAUUUUGGCAAAGAUUCUAGUCAAUUACUAUCGAAAUGUUGCCCUCGUGUGUUAGAACCGUAUAUUAAAGUUUUUGGAGUUGAUUUAUUGCUCCACAUUCGUGUUUCACUGGCAUAUUUUUCGAAAAUAACUACAUUAAAGUACUAAAUCAUGGCUAAGACUGGUGCGCGGGGUUUGAUUAAUAAAGCUUUGGGCAUCCUAUCAAAGAAUAGCUAUGCUACUGAAGCCACAUUUGAAACUAAGCCAUACCGUCUCCACAAGCUAGAAGAAUCACCAGCAACAACAGUAUCAUUAAGUAAAGAAGAUGCCCUUACCUAUUACACACAAUUACAUACCAUCAGAAGGAUGGAAACAUCAGCAGGAAAUUUGUAUAAAGAAAAGAUUAUUAGAGGAUUUUGUCAUCUUUAUUCUGGACAGGAAGCUGUAGCGGUCGGUAUUAAGGCAGCUUUGAGACCCCACGACGCCGUAAUCACCGCCUACAGAGCGCACGGUUGGACCUACCUGAUGGGAGUGCCCCCGUUGGGCGUACUCGCCGAACUUACCGGUAGACAGAGCGGUUGUUCCAGAGGCAAGGGCGGCUCUAUGCACAUGUACACCAAGAACUUUUACGGCGGCAACGGUAUCGUGGGCGCUCAGGUGCCUCUGGGCGCCGGCAUUGCGCUGGCCGCCAAAUACAAGGGCACCGACGGUGUCUGCGUGACCCUCUACGGUGACGGAGCCGCCAAUCAGGGUCAAGCCUUCGAGGCUUACAAUAUCGCCAAGCUGUUGGACAUCCCGGCCAUUUUCGUUUGCGAGAACAACGGCUACGGUAUGGGCACCAGCGCCGAGAGAGCGUCCGCCAACACCGCCUACUACACCAGAGGUGACUACAUUCCUGGCAUUUGGGUGGAUGGUAUGGACGUCUUGGCGGUCAGGGAGGCCGCGAGGUACGCUGUUAACCACUGUGCCACUGGCAAAGGGCCAAUUUUGCUUGAGUGUGCCACCUACAGAUACUCUGGACAUUCCAUGUCUGAUCCCGGCACGAGUUAUCGUACCAGAGACGAAAUUCAAGAAGUUAGGCAGACAAGAGAUCCAAUUACAUCUUUCAAAGAAAAGAUCACAUCUUCCAAUUUGGUAUCUGCUGAUGAACUUAAGAAACUGGAAGGAGAAAUCAGAGCGACCGUCGACGAUGCGACUAAAAAGGCGAAGGCAGACAAAGAAAUCGGUUUGGACGAAUUAACAGCCGACGUUUGUGCUGAAUUUUUAGAGGGUCCCAUCCGUAACAUCGACAUAUUUUCACCGCUCCAGCACAAAAACAUUGGGCCUGCAAUAAAUAAGUAAAAACCCCUCAUUAAUAUUAAGUAUGCAUUUUUAAACUGUACAAAGGAAAUAAAUAAACGAUAUUAAAUGUUAA